AUGUCAUCCGGCUUAUCAGACAACAUUCCCAUUGAACUCAGAUAUCGGCCGGUUUCACCCGUGGACAAUCUCUCCUUCGAGGAGCGUCAACAACAACAGGCCGCACAACGUCAACGACGUGACGGACCCGAAUACGUGCGUUCCCAGAUUCAGACGGCUCGUCGCGAUGCCCAGCAGAUAUAUGAUCGUCGUCCCCCGAAUACACGGAACCGUUCGAGUAGCCAGCAAACGGAGUCGACAUCACGGCGCAGGCGCAUUCACCUGGCCGGACAAGACGGACAUGCCACUAUUCUGCUGCGGCUGCUGUCACAGAGUUCCGGCCAGCGGGAGCCGGAGGUGUGCACCACAAUACGCGUGACCAUAGACGUGCCGGAGACUCCCUCUCCCAUGAUGAGUUCUCAGACUAUACAUUCCUUUAAUGCGACCAUGAGAAGUCCGGCAUCUGCAGGUCAGCCUCGGGGACAUCGUCGUCAUCGGCCCCUACGCCCACAGCAGCAGCCAUUGGAAACGCAAAUGGGCGUACCAGCCCCAGAACCUAACCGACAAUCACCAGAGUCGGUGGGACAAGCAAACCAUACCAGUGAUACCGCUACCAGCUGUAACAGUAUCACUGCAACAACAACAGCAGCAGCAGCAGCGCCGUCGCCACUGCGCGUCGUCUUCCUUUUGGGAGCCGUGCCCCCAACGGAGCCAGAACUGCAAUAUUCACUGGAGCAGGAGAAUGCUCGAUUCGGGGAUAUGGUGCAGGGCAACUUCCAGGAUGCCUACCGCAACAUGACCUACAAACAUGUGAUGGCACUCAAGUGGUUCAACAGCCACUGCUCGCACGCUCAGCUGCUCAUCAAGGUGGACGACGAUGUCUAUGUGAAUACACCGCAAUUGCACAAGCUGCUGCGUGAGCAGCAACAGCAACCGCAGCCGUUGCAACUGCAACAGCAACAACAAACGCCCCAGCCCAGCUUGAAUCGAACGCAGUCGCUGCGUUCGCUGCUGCAGCAACCGCACGAGCUGCUCUUCUGCAAGCCUGUGCUCAAGUCGCGAGUGAAGCGCUCCUAUAGGUCAAAGUGGCGCGUCAGUUUUCGAGAAUAUCCCGCCCAUUAUUAUCCGCCGUACUGUCCGGGCUUUGCGAUCGUCUAUUCGCCGGAUGUGGUGCAGCGUCUGUACCAGGCGGCGCAGCACAGCAACUACUUCUGGGUAGAUGAUGUGCAUAUCACUGGGGUCCUCGCACAGCGUACAAAUACAACGAUAACCACACUGCAGCCGUAUGUGCUCUAUGAGACGGACUGUGAGCGUUUGCUGAGCGGCGAGAGUGAUUUGAGGCAGCAAGAGUUUCUGUUCACGUGGCACAGCAUCUCGCCGGAGCAGGUGAACAGCUUGUGGCAGUUGCAUGUGGCACAGAACUAUACAACUGUGCAACUGGAGGCGGAUGUCGGCCCGGAGACGGGCCUCAGCUAGCUUUAAAUAUAUAUGGGGAAUUUGUUUUGGCUGUUUUUAAUUCUCUUUGCAUUGUAUUCAGGGUUCGUCUCUCUCUCUCUAGAUACUUAAUUAAGCUGUUAAUCUAGACUCUAGUGUUUAGUUUAUUAGUUAUUUAACUUAGUUAGCAUUUGAUAGUUGAAGAUGAUUAGAAGGGGGAGGAUGAUGAUAAGAAGAAGUUGAUAAACAUUGCAAGUCAAGUAAACCACCAACCACCUGCCUACAAUCAUUCGUAUAUAUCAUAUUUGAUAGCAUAUAUAACUGAAGCAUAACGAUAAGUCAUUUAUAGAAUACAAAAGCCUCUCUGGGUGAUAAAUACAAACAACACACACAUACAUACAUACAAACAUUCGCAUAUGCACAAA